AUGCGAGCUGCGAGUUGUAAUCAUCUUGAAGUCGUACAAUUCCUUCUACAGCAUGGCGCCGCUCUUGCUGAUCAAGUCAAUACUAAUGGCGAGACCAUUGCAUAUAUUGCUGUAGAGAGCGAUUGUCAUCGAAUUGUGCAGUACGUUACUGAAAUAGAGCCUCGGUUAGUCAGUUGUGCUACCACAAGCCCCAGUGGAGUUACUGUCCUCAUGGCUGCCGCAGAAAAUGGAAGCCUCAAAAGCACCAAAUACAUCUUGGAUAAGUUUCCCUCUGAUGAGCUUAUAGCAACAGCAAAGGAUGGAAGGUCGACGCUACAUUUUGCAGCAGCCUCUGGCAGUAAAAAGGUCGUUGAGGCGGUCCUAAAAGAUCACCCAAAUGUCAACAUCAAAUCAAGGGAUGGUUGUACAGCGCUUCAUUAUGCUGUGGACGACGACUGUUUGGACCCAGGUGUAAUCAGUGCCUUGCUUCGUGCCGGCCUCGAUGGGGCACCGAAGAAUGACAUGGGUGAUUUACCUGCACACUAUGCGUCGGUGCGCGGUGAUUGGGAUCAUUUCUCUGUUCUGAAGAAGCUACUAGAGGGUGCUGGAGAUGAGUGCCAGUGGCUCAAUGAGGAGAAUGGUGCUUGCCGAUCGGCCCUCCAGAUCAUCACUUCACAUUCAAACUUCACAGAUUAUAGCCUUAAGAUGAUCAACACCCUCUGCAACUACCGAGGGUUGGCUCUCGAACCCCCAGGCCUGGGACUCACUGGUGGUAUUCCGUUAUUGAAUCUUGUCUGGAAACUCAGUCAGAGAACGGUCUACAAGCCAGCUGUAUCUGGGCUUCCUGGUCCUCCAAUCGAUGCUUGGCGGCUGUGCGAAGCAAUCAAACUUCUGGUCCGAAGGGGCGCUGCUGUCGAUUGUAAAGAUCCCAAAGGCAACACAGCACUUCACUUGCUAUGUUUUGGGAAUUUGAACCUUGCAGUCUGUGAUACAGUAGAGUUUCUGCUCCAAAGCUCUGCUCCGAUCGAAUCAAUCAACAAGGACGGCUUAAGCGUGAUGGAUGCUCUCUUCUCACGCCUCAACAAAGGGCCGGUCUCUCCAGAUAUGCAAAUAUAUACACAGCGAAUCCUCUCGCUCCUCAUUGAUCAUGCCUCCGAUGAUCAAUUGGACAAUUAUCGCCUCGAUGGAAUGCAGCUUCUGAACCUCUGUAUUCAGAUCGGAAACUCAUCUAUCAUAAGGAAAGUGCUGGAACGUGGAGCAAAGGUAGAUAGGCCUGACAAGUCACCUAGUCGUGAUCCGGGGUUAUCCCCAUUAAGGGCGAUUUGCAUCUACAAGACUUCAGAUGGAGUGGCAGACGAGAUCUUGGACAAGUGUUCAGAUCUUAAUUGUUUAGAUGAUGCGGGAAUAACUUUGCUUGUUCUUGCUUGUCGCUUCGGGAGACUGGAAGUUGCUCGGUCUCUCAUAGCAAAGGGUGCCGAUAGACCUACAACGGUCCAGGGAGUUCGUGCAAUCGCGGAUGCUGCAUACAAGGGCCAUACGGAUAUUGUCCAAUUUCUCAUUGAGCUGGGUGUGGAUAUCAAUUCCACGUAUGGAGAUCGAAGAAUGACGCCCUUGAUGCAUGCAGUUGAGCGAGGAAAUCUACGAACGAUGAAACUUCUUCUUGAAAAUGGCGCAGAUGUCAGCAUCAAAGCUGUCAGACAGUGGACCCUCGCUCAUUAUCUUGCGUCAAGAGAAGACCUCUCUCUCUUGCACGAAAUGCUCCCAUGGAACCUGACCUGGGACGAAACUGCUUCAGUCAUAACUCAGCAAGGUAAAAAUGUGGGAGGUGUGACACCCCUCCACCUCGCUGCCGAAAAGGGCUUCACUGGGAUGAUCACGUUUCUGCUGGACAAUAAGUUCAUCCCACAUGUCAACCGUGCAAACGACCUGAGGACAACACCACUUCACGUCGCUGUUAGGGUUGGCAACUGCCAUACUGCUAAACAACUGCUUGAGGCGGGCGCAGAUGUCAAUGCAAAAGAUGCCGAAGGAUUCAGUCCUGUCCACAUAGCUGCGAGCCACUCAGGUGGUUCAAGGUUUUCUCUGAUCAUUCUUCGGGACUUGCUGGAGACGGGGAAAUAUGAACAUAUCGCGUUGACACACACAGGGCAAACGGCACUUCAUGUCGCUGUAAGACUUGGAACGAAAGACAUGAUAAGUCUUCUUCUCGAGACCCCAGAGAAUGUCAAUGCGAAAGAUCAUAGCUGGCUGACACCACUCCACUACGCGAUUGUCAGAGGAGAUCCGGAAAUUAUCAAGAUCCUGGAGGCUGCCGGUGCGAAACAUGUUGCGCCGGAUUCAAGUGCAGCUUCACUUGACGGUGAAGCUUUUCACGACAAGGAAGUCGUUGAACCUCCGCCAGUCUUCGGCGCAAACUCACUGCUUUUAGCUGCUAUCAAACAGCGAGACCUUAAUCUCUGCAAAAGAGCUUGUGAAGAAGGAGCUGAUUUAUCCUUCAAGUUCUCAGAAUGCAAAGAAGGUAAGUGUACACCUUUGCUCUGUGCCAUCGACGGCCAUAAGAACACAGGCAACGGAUUCUUCUACCACACCACAGCAAUUGCGGAAUUCCUCGCCGAUCAGGACAUUGAUAUCAAUGCACCGAGCUGCAUAUCAGACAUGCUGCCAACCCAUUUGGCGGCUGGCCGAGGUUCAGAUGCUGUUAUACGGAAGUUACUGGCACGUGGUGCGAAAACCAAAGUUCGAACGCUCGAGGCACUACAUCUUGCCGUCAUACAUGGUAGCAUCGUCGCGAUAAACGUAUUGUUAGAGCAUGAAGAAUCUAUCGAAGGGGGCUCGAAGCAGAGAAUAUUGAACUCGCAGGUCUCAAGUGAGGAUGCUGUAGCUUUUAAAGAGUAUCCGGAGUUCGCCGAAUGCAAAUUAUUACAGGAACCGUAUUGUGGUUCUGCGAUGCACAUUGCGGCAUACAUGGGCUACGAUGAUGUCCUGGAAUUUCUAAUCAAAGAAGGGGCUGAGAUUGACUCACUGAAUCAUUUUAAUCACACGCCUCUUAUGCAUGCUAUUUGGACUGAUGCACUAAAAUCCAUUCAAGUACUGCUAGACGCAGGAGCCAGCAUUUCUCAUCGCGACGCCUUCGGUCGUACGCCAGCAUACUUCGCACUCGGCAACAAAAACACCAUGGCCCUCAGAGCCCUCCAGAAGAGAGGCGCCGACUUCUCUGAAGGCGAAUACCCAAACACCUGGACCACAGAAACUUAUCUCAGCCAAGCCCUCUUCCUAGAAUCAUGGCCCGUCGUCGAUUUCCUUCUCAAGCUUGGACAUGACCCAAACCGGCGUUCUGGUCUAUACGCACAUACUCCGUUGCAAGUCGUUUUGCAGACAACAGAUGCGGUCAAAGUGGAAGCCUUCGUCGCUGAACACGCACCAGCAUACGACGAAAAUGGCGAGCGCUAUGGCACGUUGCUCGCGGCUGCUUGUUCACAAUCGAGUCCGAGCCUGGUGAAGAAGCUGCUUGAGAAGGCGAGGAAGAAUGGGAGAGAUAUGGUGGAGUAUGUUAAUGCGGGUUGUUACGUCUACGCCACGCCGCUGUAUUCUGCUGCGUUUAGAGGAAAUAUGGAACUGCUGAUGAUGUUGAUUGAGGAGGGUGCGGAUGUUAAGAGUAAGGAAGGGGGAUGGUCGGGGACACCGCUUGAUGCGGCUUGUGCGAUAUAG